AUGCAUAUCUUGAUAACCAACGAUGACGGCCCGCCUUCUGACCAAUCCUCCCCCUACGUCCACUCCUUGGUGACACACCUCCAAUCUGCCGGCCACACCGUCUCCGUCAUCCUCCCUCACACCCAGCGCUCCUGGAUCGGCAAAGCCCACCUUGUCGGCAAAUCCGUCUCCCCGACCUACUACCGCCCGCAACCCCUCCAAACCACGUCUGACGGGCGUCUCACAAACCACGGAUCCACGCACGACACGCCACUCCCGCCAGACAGCAAGGAAGAAGAAUGGGUCCUCGUGGACAGCACACCAGCCUCAUGCGUUCAAAUCGGACUCUUCCACUACUUCCAAGAGCGCGGCCCCAUCGACCUCGUCGUAUCAGGCCCCAACUACGGCCGCAACAGUACCGCCGUCUUCUCCCUCUCGUCUGGCACCAUUGGCGGCGCCAUGGAAGCGGCCGUCUGCGGCGCCAAAUCAAUCGCCCUCUCCUACGCCUUCUUCGACCGCAACCACGACGCCCAAAUCAUAAGCGACGCCAGUGCCCUCAGCACAAGGCUCAUCCAACACCUAUGGGACCACUGGGACCCAUCCACCCAUCUCUACACCGUCAACGUGCCCCUCGUCGAGGGCGUCCAGCGCCGCAAAAUCCUCUACACAGACAUGCUGCAGAACUCGUGGAAAUCAGGCUCCUGCUUCCAAGUCGUCGAGACCCCGGCACCCACUCCCGCUCAGCCAGACCCAGAAUCCACAAUCAGACUCCAAGAAGCCAACAUUGCAAAACUGGAAUCCGCAGCCCUCCACACCUCUGAGGAUCCGGCCUCUACAACACAGCCCGGAUCUUCGUCGCCGGCACACGAUCAACAACAGACCAAGCAGGUCCACGCGCGCUACACGCACAAGAGCUUCAAGUGGGCCCCGCUCUUCAAGGACGUGUAUGAGAGCGUGGAGGCCAGCGAGCCGGGAAACGAUGGCUGGGCCGUGGCUCAGGGGUAUACGAGCGUGACGCCGUUGCGGGCGAAUUUCAUGCAUGUCCCUGGGUUUACGGGGGAGAUUACGUUGGCGGAGGGGCGCGGAGAGUCGGGCAUGACGGCUGCGGAUGCAGAGAGGCAGAGUGAUGAUCGGUAG